CUCGCUCGCACAUCCUCAUCACAAGGUUAUCUUCUUUAGAUCAAUAUCACAACCUGCAAACAUCACAUCUGAAUGACUUAAAGGUUACGAGGAAUACAUCUGCAGCAUCCCGCUUCAAUAGAUUGCCUCCACGACGACGACGACAAUCAUGAAUGAUGCAAACCCGCCCCCAUGGGACAGACAAGAUCCCGCCCGGGGAGCGCAACGAGGGGCGCCACUGUCCAUUACGACCUCAAGACCCCAAAUCGAUGGGAGUCGUGCUGGCCAAUACCAGGCAGACCAGAAUUUUGCACAGCCACGCUCCUCGGGCCCUUACCGAACAACUAGUGACCCGUUUCCACCACCAUCCCCUGCACAACGAGGCGCCGCUACGAGAGCCUCGUCAGGGGAUGUGCCAAAGUCGGCUGGCUAUACUGAUAGCAGUUUGCGGUUUCUGAAGGGUGGUAAGGGUGAUAAGGGUGAUAAGAGUCCGUCGUCGAGUAGGAGUGACAAAGGGGACAAGGCAAGAAGGAGGCACUCUUCUAAUAACUAUACGGAGUGUGGGAGACAUGGGGAUGAUUGGUUGUUUGGAGGGUUCUCUGUCUCCGACUCGGUGAAGAAGUUGUGGGAAAGGGACAAGAAGUCUUGAAAAGGUGAACAUGGUAUCGGGGAAGGGUCGUGGUCAUAAGUGGUAUUUUGGUGCGAAUUUUCUCUGACAAAUUGUGGUAAUCUCAUUCUGCAGGGAGCGGGAAAGUUCUUGAUAGAGAGAAAGUGGUACAAAUUGCAUAAGUUAUCUCAGGUGUGAAGGAUGUUGAAGGUCGAGUUUGUUUUAUAUCACGAAUCAGAUUGUCCCUGGUGGAGAUCGGUACAUAAUAAUUCACGGCAGAAAGAAGAUCACAAUAAUCAAGUUACUCGAGUUACUC